GCGAUGUCUCAGCUCCUCGUGGGCACACUCGCCUGGACCCGGACCACUUUUUCUCCCUAGAGGCACAGAGGUCUGGACAGAGCUCUCAUCACAUGCUGCAAUUCAUCCUCUCAAUGAAUGACUCUCCUUUCUCCAAAUAUGUAAAAUGCAGAAGUAGGUGCUGAAGUGGGAAGUGAACCAGAGAGAAGUGCAAAGGAGAUUCAGGAAACUUCUCUCGAGGCUUGAGGGACAUCUGGUGUGUCUACUUCUGACCUUGGCUCCGGGUCCUUGAAGGGCACUGAGAGCUCAUUAUCUCCGAGGAUGGGAGGCAGGACCACGUGUCUGCUCCCAGCUCUGCUCCUUCUCAUCAUCCCAGGCUCAUCUGCCAUCUCGGGUCCCAGAGCAGUGAGAGGUGUGGAGCAGGAAUCACUGACCGUGCGGUGUCGAUACGACUCGGGGUAUGAGUCCUACGUGAAGUGGUGGUGCCGGGGGGCCGCCUGGGGCCCCUGUUGGAUCAUGGUUAAAACCACUGGAUCAGAGAAGGAGGUGAGGAAGGGCCGCGUGUCCAUCAAGGACAACUGGAAAGACCGCUCGUUCACCGUGACCAUGGAGAAGCUCAGGCUAGGCGAUUCAGACACUUACUGGUGUGGGAUUGAGAGAGUUGGAACUGACCUGGGGAACCGAGUACAAGUGACCAUUGACCCAGCACCUACAGUGUCGAUCCCCACGCCUGCCACCUCCACGCCUGCCACCUCCAACGCUAACAUGUUAACGGCAGCAGUUGCCCCAGAAGAGAAUCAAGGGCAACUCACCUACAGUGUCGAUCCCCACGCCUGCCACCUCCACGCCUCCCACCUCCAACGCCAACAUGUUAACGGCAGCAGUUGCCCCAGAAGAGAAUCAAGGGCAACUGCCCCUGCUGGGCAGCGUCCACUUCCUGCUCCUGGUCUUCCUGAAGGUGCCCCUGCUCCUGGGCCUGCUUGGUGCUGUCCUCUGGGUCAACAGGCCUCUGAGCAGCUCUGGGGGGAAGCCCCAGGAAAACGAGUAGCUCCCAUGGUCUUCAACGUUGUCCAGAGAGAAAGACCCUCAAAGAGAAGAAAAAGGCAUUUUUCUCAGGCAAUGAUGGUGGUCAGCGGCACUGUGGUGGUUCUCGAGGCAGCGUGGCUCCCCUGCCUCAAGAAUCAGUCCCCUAGUCCCUGGAAACCUGCUGCUGUGAUGCUCAGGCCUGGAUCUAGUUUCACCCUUCCCUGCACAGCCUCUGACCUUCUUCGUCCUGAGGCCUCCAACACAGGAGAAACUACAGGAAGGAAUGGAAGAGCAGAUGCCUUUCUUCUGGGCCUUGUUUCUUGGAGGACAUACAUGAUCUCAAGUCUGUGCCACACACAAUGUAAUACACUUGUCUUUGCAUUGUAUGCGGGGCAGGGCUUCAGCCAGUUGGGCCUUUGAGAUUCUCUGUGUGUGUGCUGGAUCGUGUCCGACUCUUUGUGACCCCAUGGACUCUAGCCCACGAGGCUCCUCUGUCCAUGGGAUUCUCCAGACAAGAAUACUGCAGUGGGUUGCCAUUUCCUCCUCCAGGGUAUCUUCCCGACCCAGGUGUUGAUCCCGUGUCU